AUGGACGAUCACCGGCCUGACGAUAGUCACUCAACAGACUCCAAAAUAGCCUCCAAGACCGAUAUAAACCAACCGCAGCAGCUAUUUCAUCGUGCAACCACUUCCACGCUAUCAGGCCAAGAAACCGCGACUCAACCCCAAGCAGCUCCAGCAAUGUCAACAAUUUCAGAUCCACAAGAUGCUCCAUCGCUACCAUCAGCAUCUAGGAAUGAAUCGCAAGAACCACGAGCAACUUCAGUCCCAUCGAAGACAGAAUUCUUGAGUCCCACCCCCUCGCCCACGCCAUCGCCUAGAAGUAGAUUGCGACGGGCACCAGGAAAACCGGUUCCAAUGUCAGAACUGUUGAGUCCUAGUCCGCCACCUCAGUCAUUACCUCCAAGUAAACCACAGGAGGCACUAGCAAAGUUACAGCCAAAGAAACGUGCCUUACAACCCACGAGAGGAGAGUCCGAUCCCGACGAGGACGACGGUCGGCAACAUACAACACAACCUCUAAGUUCGGACCAUUCCUCAACACGUGGAGCUGCUAUCGAAGGCGAGCCAGCCAAACGAGCUAGAUUGAUGGGCUCAAGACCAUCAGAGGAGUGGAGAACCCAUUUUCCAAGAGCAGAGACUCGAGCGAAUGCUGCACUAGCUCCUCUACCCUCAGCUAUUUUGUCCAUCCAACAUUAUCAACCAGGACAAGCACCAGGCUCUUCAGCUUCGAUUGCAACCACAGAUAUAGUAGCAACCCAAUCCCUGGUGGCCAACUCCAACUUCACAGUACUGAGAAUCUUUAACUACCAGGCUCCUCAGACAGUCGAGGUUGAUCGGAUUAAGUGGAAUAAACUAUAUAAAGACUCAAGACAGGGACUUCCGCCACCGCUGGACAGGAUACUGCGAGAAGAACGCACAGCACUUUGGCCACCAUCCAAUCCCCAAAUGCUAGAUGGAGGCGGAUGCAUAUAUAAGUACGACAGAGACUCAUACGAUUUCUUGUAUAGUCAGAACAAUUUCGGCACUUUCCAAGAUUUCGUGUCGUUUUAUUUCUUUCCAUUGUGGAAGCAGAGAGAUCCGGUAGUAUACGUUAAAGACAAGGGAUAUACGCAAUGGAGACUAUUUUUCGAAUGGCUCAUCCGCUUAAGCCUUGACUUUCACCCUUUCACUGCAGUCACAGCACAUGAGUACUCGACAUUGGUAGAGAACUAUUGGGCUGCAUUAUCACCACUAGUGCGUAGACAUAUCGAGAAAUUGGCAGUAUACCUCAGAGACGGCGAAUCUACCGACAUAAACAAAAUUCCUAUCCGUGUACAUGUCCAAUAUGACAAGAAUUACCGGGGACCACAUUGGGAUGAGGUUUUUCGACGGUGCUAUGAAGAUCUGUCUGAUGAUAACUUAAAAGUUGGAUGGCUUGAAAGAGUUGGAUUGUCACAAAGUAUCCUAACGUGGGGACCAGGAGUCGAUGAAUCCACCUGUCCCUUUGGUCAAAUUGCUGCAUUGAUCAAAGCCAAAUGGGAUACCGACGGCUUCAUUCGACAAUACAAGACGCGAAUCCUACAAGCGAUGAUGUCCGUGAGAAUGCUCGAUCAAAUACACACCCGCCAACAAGUAACCUUCAGCGCGCUGGAAUCCCGUUACAACCCUUUCCCAGCAGGAUGUUUUGCCACCAAGAAGCAAUUUGUUGCUGAGAGAGAAGUCUGGCUACAAUCUAUAGGAAUGUUUCGAUUUCCGUACAAAUUCUACAAUGUCACGAGUCAAAAUAUCGAAGUAACUGAACUACACUGCUUGUAUAUGAGCACGGAGGAACGUUGUGAGCAUAUCGAGAGAAUUGAGAAAGUGUGCAGCCUUGCCAAUCCUGAUUUCGUUAGUUGGGACAGACUUUAUGGUCUACUUUUCCGAACGUACCAAGAUCCAAUGCACGCUGGGACAAGCAAAUUUGAUAAUUGGAGGUUGGCAUGGCUUAGGCAUAUCGGGAUGCACCAUGAUACUUCACCAAUUGAUCGAGCGUCUUUGUUGGAGAAGUGGUCGAACAUGAACAUACAGGAAAAACAAAAGGUCUUAUUUGCUGCCGUCGAAGAUCGAAUGGUUUAUGUUGCAUGGUGCCGAUGUAUAAAAAUUGGUACUGUAUAUGAAGGUCGCCAACCUAUCAUUGAUGAACAGCUCUUGACCUUUGACUAA